AUGUUGCUCGAGGAAGGGCGGGAGUUCGCGCAGCGCCUGGAAGGAAUGGGGAAAAGAGUGCGGUCGAUGACAGUCGCGGGACAGCGGCAUGCGUGGGAUAAGAGCGCGAACCCGCUGCGGGACCAGGGGUCUGUGGAUGCUAUAUACAGACAGGCGUGUCAGGAAAUGGAGCUUAUUUUUGAGAGUGAGCGCAAGUAG